CCCGCAUCAUCAUUUCGUCCAUGGAUUGUGGCUCAUCGGACAAAGAAGUAGGAUGCGCAUGCGGACUCGGCAUCAAAAGCCGUUCUGUGUAAGUUGACAUUGAUGUUUAGACCCCUGUAAUGUUCCACUUCUCGCGCCUUCUUGUGCGACAUCCCAGACCGUCCGUCCGCCGGCAGUGCGAGUGAGGGUGACGUCCUCAAAAGCCGAUCGGCAAUUCUGUGCUUCGCCCUGACGUUUCGGCCCCUCCCUCCCCCUCCCCUUCCCGAUGUCGUUUGGCAUCUCUCUCGGCAGGAGCUGCAGUCACCGGCUACAUGCUGCUCUGCGCCGCUCCCGUCCCUUGUGCAGGUUCACCACCCUAAGGAUGUCUUCAACACUACCUAGACUGCCCGUCUUCGAGGCAAUUGCCCGCCAUGAUCCAGAUUCAACCGUUGUCAUCCACUCGAACAGCGGGCGCCGGUUCCGUUAUGGGGAGCUGCUGGGCGACGUGUGCAAGACCCGGAACCGCCUGUAUGAGGCUGCUGGGAGGGACAACAUCGAUGGAGAACGCAUAGCCUUCCUGGUGGAAAACAGCUACGACUAUGUGGUGACCCUGCUGGCUAUUCUCGCAGCCAAGUCCAUUGCGGUUCCCCUGUCACCAGCAUUCCCCCCUCCAGAACUGCAGUAUAUUCUGAACCACAGCGAGGCAUUGGUGCUGUUGUCGUCAGCCAAGUUCACCCAGAAGGCGGAAGAAGUGCUAAGGACGGAGUUGGAUGUCGAGCCUGCCUACCUCCAGCUUAGCAAGUUUCAAGGCGGUGGUCACCAUGAGAAGAUCACUUUGGAAAAGAUGGGGUCUGACUCAGCCGGGAUGAUGCUCUACACGUCCGGCACAACCAAUCGACCAAAAGGCGUGCUGCUCCCCCAAUCCGUCAUGACAGCACAGGCCAAGUCCCUCCUGCAGGCCUGGGAGUACUCUCCAUCGGACCACCUCCUCCACAUCCUCCCGCUUCACCACAUCCACGGCACCAUCAACGCCAUCUUCACUCCGCUCUUUUCAGGCAGCACCAUUGAAUUUCUCUUCCCCUUCAAUGCCGACGCCGUCUGGCGACGCCUCGCCGCCCCGUUCCUCACUUCAGACCAGACGCCCACCUCGGAACCCUACUACCACCACCACAGCAAAAUCACCUUUCUCACCGCCGUCCCAACCAUCUACUCCCGCCUGCUGACCGCCCACAGGGCGCUCCCGCCAGACAUGCAGAGCGCGACCCGCACCGCCAUCUCUCCCUCCCACCUACGCCUGGCCAUCUCUGGCUCGGCCGCCCUGCCGACGCCCAUCAAGCGCGCCUGGUCCGACCUGAGCGGCGGCAACGUCCUGCUGGAGCGCUUCGGUAUGACCGAAGUGGGCAUGGCGCUGAGCUGCGGGCUCGACGUGGCCGACCGCGUCGACGGGUCCGUGGGUUGGCCGCUGCCCGGCGUCGAGGCGCGGCUCGUCGAUGUCGACACGCACCAGGUCAUUGAGCGCGGCCAAGAGCGGGACGCGGACGGGCGUGAGAGGGUCGGCGAGAUCCAGCUGCGGGGUCCGACCAUCUUUGCCCAGUACUGGCGGAAUCCGGAGGCGACGGCCAGGGAGUUUGUGGAUUCCAAGGAUGGUCGGGGCCAGUGGUUCAAGACGGGCGACGUGUCGGUGCGGCGGGCCGUGGAGGGGGCCGGGAAGAGCAACCUCCCCAGUCAAAAGGACUGGGCCAGGGGCGAGAUGUACUUCAUCCUGGGCCGGCGCAGCGCGGACAUCAUCAAGAGCGGCGGGGAGAAGGUGUCUGCGCUGGAGGUGGAGCGGGAGAUGCUUGCGCUGCCGCAGGUCGCCGAGGUGGCGGUGGUGGCUGUGCCGAGCGGGAAGUGGGGCCAGAAGGUGGGCGCCGUGGUCAUGGUCGACCGGGACAACGUGCCCGAGGGGAAAUGGUCGCCGCUGGAGAUGCGGCGUGCGCUAAAGGGGAGGUUGGCGAGCUACAAGAUCCCGCAGGUGCUCAAGGUGGUGGACCAUAUCCCGAGGAACGCCAUGGGCAAGAUCAACAAGAAGAUGUUGGUCAAGGACAUCUUCCAGGACGAGUUCAGCGGGGACGAGCUGUGAAAUUCUGGGGCGUGUGGCGAACCAGGCUCUUCUUGGGCAGACCUGGGCAUUGGGUGCCUAGAGGGCGGACUCAUGGUUAAAGAACAUCAAUGAUCAAGUAUAAUGUAUACUCCGUACGAUAGGCGGCAUCGCCCUAUUAGACAUAGACAGGGGCGGAUUACCUUUGUCAAGUCAGACCAAAGCGGGAAAAGGUUUCUGUUGUCAAG